AUGAAGGAGGAGAAGCCAAGCCCAGACUCCCCGGAGAGCAGCGCGGCCACCAGCGAAGAGGAGAGCGAACGGCACCACCACCACGGCCUGGGCAAACGCUGCCAGGGCAGGAGGGAGGAGCAGGGAGAGGUGUCCCCACAGGGCAAGAGGAGCAGGAGAAGCCCCAUGGGCCAAGCCUUGGAGGAGGCCCAGGCCCAACGGGUGAUCGCCAACGUGCGCGAGAGGCAGCGAACGCAGUCGCUCAACGACGCCUUCGCCGAGCUGCGCAAGAUCAUCCCCACGCUGCCCUCAGACAAGCUCAGCAAGAUCCAGACCCUCAAGUUGGCUGCUAGGUAUAUUGAUUUCUUGUACCAGGUCCUGCAGAGUGAUCAGCUGGACCACAAGAUCUCCAGCUGCAAUUAUUUGGCUCACGAGAGGCUCAGCUAUGCCUUCUCCGUCUGGAGGAUGGAAGGGGCUUGGGCCAUGUCGGCGUCGCACUGA